GCAGCUGUAAAUGCGGUAGCUUAAAUAUUAUCCCUCCGUUUUACAAUGUCCCAUUUUUGUGGCCUUGAAAAAUGUAACGCCCGACAUUUUGCAGGAGACGCGGCACAUGGCUUCAUGGUUUUGUUGGAGUAUCUCACACAGUUAAAUGAGGGUUUUCCUCAUCCACGGCAAAGAUGCAUGAAUGCUAGAGACUGUUUAAUCAGUUAAAGCAUUAAAAAAGUCUAUUUAUGUUUUCACUCGACAAACAAAUGUGAUGGGAACACCAACACUAAAGAUACAAAGAUUCCCCUGAGGAAAAAAACAGAUGGUUAUUGGUUAAAGGGGUUUGUUCACAGACUGGAAUCAACCAGAUCCUCCGUUACAGUUACUUAUUUAUGACCUAGUGUAUAUAACCAUUAUUACCUCACAAGUUGUAUAAAAUAAUGCUUGAUCCUUUAUUUUUUAAUUCCUCUAUUGCCAUUUUGUCUGCAUGAGCACCAGGGAAACAACCUCAUACCUAAAUUGUAUAAUAUAAAUAUAUAUUACAAUACAAAUUGUGUAAAUAACAAGCAAUUACAGUUGUAUAGUAUUUUAGUUGUGUAACCUAAAUGCAAAUACCACUUCCAGAGAGCAAGAUACACAAUAAAUACUAUUUAUUUAAAAUAUGUUGGCGACCCCUGAUAAGAACAGCAGAAGAAGAAGGUUUUUGUAUUUAUUUUUACCUUCUGUAUGGUUUUGUGGAUCAAGCCCCUGAUCAGGUUAAUUAUUAUAACGGUUUGUGUAAAAAGGAUGAACAGAUCCCUCGGUCUAUGAGUGCAUGUGUGCAUUUACGUACACUGGGUUUCUGCUUGUUUCUGCAGUCGUACAAAACUCAUCAAACUUGUGCCGUUAAACCUGAACAGGUUUGUAUCUGUUAAAUAUUGUUCAUCGGAAGAGAAGACACGACAGCUGCUCAAAAUGCCAAAGACCAUACGUUUGGUCUCAGCAUUUGAACUAGUGAAGGUGUGGGGAGUUUUAGGUGGAUACCAGAGAUGAAAAAAGAGCUCCUGAAACACCCAGAUGAAGAGUUUUCCACUGAAGUUAAUGAACACUCCCAGGAGGGGGCUACAAAAGAGAAACCAGUCCAGAAGCUAUAAAGACGAACUUGCAUAGAAACUUUAGGCUUGAAAAUGGCCAGACUGGACGUCACAGAGCUGUUCCACGGUAUUUCCUUUCCUGGACACCUGCACACGCAGGACUCCUUGCAACGCGCUCUUGAGUUUCAGUUUGAGGACACAGACAUCCUCAUCGUCUCCUACCCGAAGUCCGGCACCACAUGGAUGCAGGAAAUCGUGACCCUCGUGUCCAGCAGAGGCGACCCACACUUGUCCAAUACGAUCCCGAACUGGACCCGAGCUCCCUGGCUGGAGCAUUACUACAGCGCAGAGGUUCUGGAGGCGUCGUCCCUCGCACCCCGGGUCAUCACCACACACCUGCCGCAUCACCUGCUCGGCCCAGCCCUUCAGGGCUCAAAAGCCAAGGUCAUAUAUGUGAGCAGGAACCCUAAAGACGUCGCCGUUUCCUUUUACCACUUUCACAAAGUUGCCCACUUUCUCCCGGAGUUUGGCUCAUUUACAGAGUUUUUACAUCGAUUCCUGGAGGGCACGCUCCACUUUGGCUCCUGGUUCGACCACGUCAAAGGCUGGGCCUCACCGGCGGCUGCUGUGAGCAAUCGGCUCCACGUCACCUAUGAAGAGAUGUCACUGGACCUGCUCGGUGCCAUAAAGAGGGUCAGCUCUUUUCUGCAGUGCCCCCUGGUGGAGGAGGAGCUGAACAACUGUGGGAGGCACUGCAGCUUCAACAGUAUGAAGAAAAACAAGAUGGUUAAUUACACCUCUGUCCCUGAGGAGGUAAUGGACCACAGCAAAGGCUCCUUCAUGAGAAAAGGUAAGAUUGGAGAUUGGAAAAACACGUUCACAGAGGAGCAGAGUCAAUAUUUAGAAGACAUCCUGAGCUCCAAGAUGGAGGACUGCCCCUUAGAGUUUGUGUGGGAGGAGCCGGAUGAAGAGGAGGCACAUGGAGACGAAUGAGCUGAUGAAAGACGUUUCAGAUUGAAAUCAGACUCUGCAGCUGAUUACUGUAAAAUAUAAUAAGAAAAAUGUGGUUAGUGAACAGUCUGAGAAAUUAAUAAUAAAGAAUAUCACAACA